AUGGCGAAAGGAUCCAAGUCAGCGGUACCAGCUACGCCGGUGAAGUCGGUACGAGGAUCGGCCGAAGGUUCGUCAACGAUCGCGAGUGACUUAACGUCUCGGUUGUCGACGAUCUCCGAAAGGUCGGUCAGUUUCGAAGAGUCGGUCGACGAAGAUUCGGACGCCAAGGAUGACAUGAUGAUGGACUAUGAUGACCUGGAGGAGAAGACUCCAGUGACGACGCAGGAGUUCGGAGAUGAAGAAGAUGCGAUGCUGUCCGGGGGACGUAGCGGAGGCUCGCGCUCCUUGUCCCGGAACCUCGUCGCAGAAUUUGAUGAAGUGGCGAAACCCGACCAUGCGGAUGACGACUUUGAGGAUGGCACCGAGACCUCGGCUUCGAGGGCUCUGGUGCAGGUUACUAAGGGUCCUCAAGAAUCCCGCGGAAGUCGGCCCGCUAUGAACAGCAGCACUCCAGCUGCGAACAAGGUGCUCGGCAGAAUGCUCGAGCAGAUGGUGGCCGAGGACACGGUGUCUCUCCUACGAGUGAUGGGCUGCGAGCCAAGGAAUCGUCCGUCCGAAGUCUCGAUCAAGAGUUGGACGCCAGGUCUCGCCGGCAAGGAGCUACAUAAGUGGAAGAGGAAGCUUCGCCUGAGCUUCGGGGAGUCGGACCUGACUCUGGGACGCCCCCCGAGUGCUCGCCCCGCGAGGGAGCAAGCUGAUCCUUCGAAGAUCCCACUGCCACAGACACCCAAGAAGUCCGCCGAGCGGUCAAACCAAAGCCAAGCGACGGACGGAGUGUUCUCCGCCAAGACCGAAGGUUCGCCGUACUUCCAAGACUCGCACAUGGCGAGUCGAGCCGACCGUAUUGCGCGUGAGUCCGAAGGUUCGCGACGCGAGCGGAGCACGCAACGAAGCUCCACGCGACGCUCAAGCCGCCGGUUUACACCGCGCGAUGACUCCUCGUCCGACGAGGACAACAAUGACAACAUCGACUAUGAAGAUGGGUUUGACAGCCCGAGCGAUGAGUUGGCCCGUCAAGUGCGCGAAGUGAGUGAGAUGGAGCGUCUGAGUUCGACUCCUCGGCUUGAGAUCGCCACACACCGGCCGCUUGCGCAGAUCAAGAAUUUCUCAGGAGCCCGCAAUCGGAGUGAAAACUCUAUGCAGUGGCUCCGAGCUUUCGUCUACAAGAUGAAGGGAACGCACACACCGCCUAACGAGUGGUGCAUGGCUUUCGAGCUGAGCCUUCGGGACGGUGCCCUUCACUGGUACCGUCAACUCCCGAAGAGGACUAAUCGUCAGUGGAAGCGACUGAGUGAUGCGUUUAUCAAGUAUUACUGCUCGCAGUUUAGCCAGUCUGCGAAGGCUCGCUACUACUCUGCGAAGCGCGAGUCCUCGGAACACCUUUGUGACUACCUCAACCGACUGAAUGGUUACGCCCGUAAUGCUGGCAUACAGUUCAAGAGUGGUGGUCGCGAUGCGAAGGACCAUGUACAGCGGUUCCUCGAGACGUGCGGUGACCGAAGCCUCGAACGCCGGCUUUGCCACGUUCGGGUGAAGGACAUUCACGAACUCGAGGACAUGAUCAACGACAUCUUGAAGUCUGAAGAGCGUGGGCGAGACCAACCGCGUCGUCGUGAUGACCGUCGCCACGAAGCUUCGCGUGACAGUUACCGUCGCGACCGCGACCGUGGAUACGAACGUCGCCGCGAAGACUCGCGCCAUGUUCCGCGCAUUUCGCGGGCUGAAGCUUCGCUGUCAGACUUGGUCGCUGAACUGCAAGUCCGCGGUACCAAGGGUGGUAGAGCCGAGCGCUCGUCGCCACGCCGUACCCCGUACAGCGACAGCGAGAGUGACGCCAGUUAUUAUCAUUACUCCGAGAGCGAUCCGAGUGAUGGUGGCUACAGUGACGUUAGCAGCUCUGGUGAGGGAGGAGCUCACGUCGCUGCUGCCAAUGAGCGCGAGCGACGCCAAGCAGCUGAAGGAACGUACGCGCGCCCUGACCAACGUCAACGCAAGGGAUGA